AAUAGGCAAUCGAAUUCUGCCCAAUUUUGCCAUCUAACGGAUUCUUUAUCUUUAUAAAUGUAGAAGUUACCGAAGUACAAAGAUUCAGAAAAUGGCCACCCUGUAUAGAAUUGAAAAUAUGGAACAUCUUUAAUCCGGUCAAUUGAAUGCACCCGGUGUGUUCGGAUUACCGAUUUGUCCUCAUUACCGAAAAAAAUCUGAAAUGAUAUAAAAAUCGUCAAAUAAGAAUAAGACUGAUAAAGGGGUUAGUAUUUCGCUAUUUUUAAAACAAGUAAUAAAGUAAACAAACACAUGCCGAUGUUACCGGCGCUCUACAAAAUCCGAAAAUUUGCAAAUUAUUUGCUUCUUCUCGCUUUGCAGAAUAAUUUAGACAAUCUGCAAAUAGACUGUGGCAUUUUAGGUAGUCUAUAUUUGUAGUAAUAUUUGCAAUAAAAGUUUAAAAAAGAGACGUAGAUUUCGCCCACAUGCUAAUAACGCACAUACCGUGCAACGAAUCAAGCAAAAUCAAAUUGAGCAAAAAAAUUCGAAUAAAUCAUAAAACAUUGAUAAAAAGACUGUGAAAGUAUCGGCGUAGUACCUAUGUAUGACUGUUAUAAUCUGCGUUACUUGUUACUAGAUGAUUUUAAGGAACGCAAUUAGUGCUUUUACUUCCUGCAUUAUCUGCUAUUUGCAUCGCAAAAAUGUUCUUUUUGUAUUAUUUCUAAAUUAUGGUAUUAUCAAAUUUCCAAAUAUCAUAAAAUCAUAUGGAUCAAGACCUUGGGGAAAAAGGAUACCGUUUUAGUUUUUACAUUUCGUUUGAAUUAUAUUUUUUCUAUUUAGUUAUACAUUUACAAUAAAUUAAAGUAUGUUAUUUGUAGCCGACACAUAUUUACUGAGGAUUAAACAUAAAAUGGUAUCAAAAUUAAUAAAACUUUUAAGAAAUAUAAGCUGGUGUUUCAUUAUUAUUAUUAUGUAAAUAUUGAAACAGACCUGAAGAAAUAUUUGCCCCAUCAUCAAGAUCAGAAUUAAGUCUUCAAUCGUUUCGCUGAUUUUGAAUUUUUAUUUGUAGAUAUUGCGUUGGAAUGCAGCCGAACUUUUAUAUGCAAGUAAAGGAAGAAAUUAAAAUUGAAGAACAGGACUUGUCCGGCCUGGUAAAAAUUGAAGACGAAGCCAGUAGUGAGUCUACAUAUGAACAAGCUGCGAAUGCUGCUCAAGUAAAUCAACAUUACUGUAGUAUUUGCUCGAUUUGUUUUAUAAAUAAGUCAAACUUUAACAUUCAUUUAAAUGAGUGUCAUGCAGAAGUUGGGAAAAUUAAAAUUGAAGAGCAGGACUUGUUUGUGCGGGUAAAAACUGAAGACGAAGCCAGUAGUAAUCUGAGUAGCAGUGAAACCGCACAUGAACAAGCUGCGAAUGCUGCUCAAAUAAAUAAUCAACACUCUUGUAAUAUUUGCUCGAGAUGUUUUAUAAAUAAGUCAAAGUUAAAUAUGCAUUUAAAUGAGUGUCACGCGCAGGGUGGGAAAAUUACAGCUGAAGAGGAAGAAUUGCCGGUGCUGAUAAAAACUGAAGACGAACUAACCAGUAAUCUAAGUAGCACUCAAACCACAGAUCCACAAGCUGCGAGGACUAAACUAAAAAAAUAUAAGUGCAAUUUUUGUUGGGCAUUUUUUGCUGAUAAAUCAAACUUAGAUGUUCAUUUGGCCAGACAUUCAGAAAAUCACCCUUUCGAAUGCGAUAUUUGCGGUUUAAAAUUUAAACGAAUCAGGCAAUUAACAAUUCAUCAUAACACGCACACGAAAAAAAGACAAUUCAACUGUGACAUUUGCAAUAAAACCUUUGUCUUACAUUCGGAAUUAUUUUUUCAUAUGAAAACACAUUCGGACCAACGCCCUUAUGCAUGUGAUAUUUGCAGUUCUAAAUUUAAGAAAAGAUACCAACUGGUUAAGCAUCGAAAUAAUCAUAUGAUUCUAACGGAAUACACCUGCAGCAUAUGCGAUAAAACGUUUGUUAUUGAACGUUUCUAUAAAGAUCAUUUGAAAACUCAUUCCGAGGAAGGUCCUCUGCAAUGCGAUAUUUGCAAUAUACAAUUCAAACUGAAAGAUACAUUACUCCAACAUUGUCGUGCCGUGCAUUCCGAACCUGCAAUUUAGAGAACAUAAGAAACGACUUUAUAAAAUAACAAAUUAACAAACAAUACAUAACAUUAACAUAAUAAAUUAACAUCCCAAAUAAUAAAGGGUUUUCCAAUAAGGCUGAUAUCCAAAAAUGUAGUCCUUUUUGUUCUGAAUAACACAUAAUUCAACCUUCUCGUCCUUCUCGGCUUGGACUACAGAAGCAGAUUCGAUAAAUCGGCUCUAUUUUCAACAAUGCAGCGAUUUAAUUUCAACUCACCAGUGGUUCGAGGUUUGUUCUCACAGACCUGUUGCGAAUUCUUUUCACACCAAAAACGACAAUUUUGAUUAAUCGUAAAAAUGUGCUUCAUCAGAAUACACGAUUUUGUUGAAAAGCAACUUUGGAUUCAUUUAAUUAAUAAGGCGCUUUAAAGCUGAAACUGCAAACAAGCGACGCUUUUGAUGGUCAAGUUUCUUCACUUGUUGAGUCCACACAAUGUUGAAAGAAUGUAAACUUGAGCUUUUUUAAAGAAACGCAAAGUUGUGAUCUGGAGAAGUAACGGGUUAUGAUGAUCUGAGUGAGAGUUCAAAUGCUCUUUUAAAUUUGAUUCAAUGUAUCAUCCCAUUAGAAAAUCCUUUACCUUUUAUGGCACCUUAACUUUCAUUAACAUGAGGAAAAUAGGUUUGGGUUAAUUCUAAGGAUCUAAGGGUUUUGGUUAAGUUAAUUCUAAGGAAAUACUUGUUUAAACAUUUUUUAACUGUUUCGAAUAACUGACACAAUUAUAGAAAUUUGUUACUC